AUGAAUUACUUAAAACUUGAAUUGACUUCAUUCAUUAAAAAUAAAGAGGCUUCAACACUUACAAAUAAUACAUUCAAUCAAGAAAAAGCUGAUGAUAUAUUAUCAACAUUCCCAAAUAAUGACGAAGAAAAGCUUUUGGCCAUAGAAUCAAAGCUUACAACUUAUGACCCAUUAUAUAAUGAUAAAUUGGUAUCCGCAUUUAUGUUUGCUUCUGAAGGUAAAUCAAUUUCCAAAGUAACUAACAACUUACUGAAAAUAAUAUUUACUGACACAUUUGCAUCUGACUAUAGCUGGAAAGGCCAAAAAGAAAAAAAGAAAUUAGAAAAUUAG